UUUGUUCGUCGUUGCGCGCGCUUUUUUUAUUUACUUCUCUUUUCGACGUUAACAUUUUCAACGUGCGCUCUUCUGAGGGAUUCGCUAUUGUUAUCCGACAAAAAGUACAGCAUCGCGAUCUCAUCAUGGAUGAACCUUUGUACGUAAAUGGCUUCUCAAACAUAUCGCGCGACUUUUGCGAGAUCGUUCACGCGCGUUAUUGAAUCCCUCGAAGCCUCGGAGUUAAUUAUGCGUCGCGUCGAACGUAAUUCGUGAUCGUCCGUGUUGUCGAAUUGAAACAAUUUUUCGUGAAAAAAAAAAAAAUCGCAAGCAUGCUCGAUAAUAGUGAUAACGGCGACAGCUGGAAGACGGAAAUCGAUGACACUCACCGAUUCGGCCGCGGAGAUUGUCCGCACGCGCAAAGAAAAAUCGUUCUCGUCGACAAGCCCGUUUGUUCCUGCGAGAUUUACAAGGAUGCAACUACGGCGCGAGUCGGAGACUCGAGAUCCGGUCACGAGAUUCGGUACGUCGGUCCCGCGACGGAAUCGGUUAGCAACGAGGAAGAUUACAGGAGCGUUGCGCAGAUUUUUUGCGGAUCUACGAGCGAAGGAAACAAUAGGCCGGUGAUCGAUGCCGGGGAUGAUGAUCGUCGCAAUUUCAAUUUGCGUUCGUUCGUUGAUUUAUCUCUCGCUGAAAAAAAACAUGACGCGACAACGAACGAUCGUUCGAUCGGGGAUCCGGUUAACGCACCGGCACAAAACACCUAUAGAUGUUACGCCUCGUCCCUGACAGACACCGCGUUGUCUUCCUCCGAAUCGUUAACAGCUCGAUCGUCGACGGACGCUUCAUCGAGAACGACCGCGCGAGUAGAACGACGAUGCAAAAUCGUUAAUGUUUCGGCGAACGACGAGUCGAAGAGAGACAAAUAUGUUCAGAAUAAUCGGCAAAUUGUUCGAAUCUCCGCGUCGUCGCCGUCGGUCGGUUCGAGCGUCGGUGACAAUCAGAUAUCGAACGGACCCGAUCUCAGAAAAAGAAUCGCCCACUCGGAGUGGGUCCGCAGGAAGCGGGAGAUCGCUCAGCGAAGGAAAGAAGAUGAGGAACGCGCGGCGAGAAAGCGACGCGAGGAGGAUGAGAAAUUAGCGCGGGAAAAAGAGGAGAGAGCGAGAUUGGAAAAGGAGAACUUUCUCAAGUGGAUCGAGAGGAAGAAGCAGGAGGAACUUAACCGAAAGGCGAUGCUCGAGAACGAAUUGGAAUUGCAGAAGCGUCUGAAGGAGAUCGAGGAUAAGGCCGCCAUCGCUAAGGUGCUGAAUCUUCGUCAGUGGAUUCGCAAAAAAGAGGAGGAGCAGAAGGCUCGGAAUAAGGAGCGGGAAAUGAAACAGAAGAAAAUAAACGAAGAGCGGGAGAAGAGGUUGCAGGAGAGCUUGAAGGCUUACGAGAAAUGGAAAGAGAACUCGAAGAACAAACCGAAACCGGCCACCCAAGGACUGCUUCCUCAUCAGAAGGCGAAACCGGCGUACGUAAAUCCGAUUCCGUGGCAACCGAUAGUGGAAAAUCAUUCCGAUGAGGAACAAGAGAACGUGUUUAAGGACAAAAAAAGAAAUAAGAAUCAGUUAAACGACAGAAAACCGAUCGCGGCGAAUCACUGACUUGAGAUUUGGAAAUAUAUUCGUGGCCUAACAUCACAAACAUUUUUCUUCAAUCGAUGGAUCGUCCGUGUGUUGCAUCACAGCUGGGAUCAUUGCGACUAAAAUUCCGUAAAGACGAUUAUCGAAACUUGGAUGGAAAAAUCGAAAUAAAUUUACUUCGGCGUAACACAUCGACGAUGUACUAGAAAAAUAUCGCACAAUAUAUAUUCAUGUGUGUGUUUUUUAAUAUACUAUAUAUAUAUAUAUAUAUAUUAUAUAUAUAUGUAUUAUAUAUGCGUCCACACGUGUGUGUUCUUUUAAAUCUUUGGCUCUGUAUAGGCUGUUUAUAUCAAGUAUAAAAGUUCAUCGGACUCUCUAAUACGUAUAUAUACAUAUUUAUAUGUAUUUAUAUAUAUAUGUGUAUUUAUUAGACACUGUGUAUUGCAUCCAAAAAAUAAACGAAUCUAUCGCGUUUGAUUCCCGACUCUUUACGGAAUUUUUUCACGACUGAAGAAUGUGGAAGAGAUCGAAUCGCGCAAUAUGUAAUAAUAUUUUUAUAAGCCUUACAGGUUACACCCUAAAUUGUUUUAUCUCAAUUUUGGUAAACCGCGUGAUUCUCGGCACAGUAUAUUACGUAUAGUAUUGUCUCCGAUAUUGUUAGUCGAUAAAAAAUAAAUGUUCAACAAAUGUGCAAUGUUUGCACGAUAUUAUUAAAAAAAAAAAAAUAAUAAUAAUAAUAAUAAUAACUCAUUACUUCGCAUCGCAUGAUUGUGUAAAUUAAAUUUUCAAGUUUUAAAACAAGACGCAGCGCUUAGAAAACUGCAAAAUGCACCGUUUCAAUAUUUUUCACAAUGAUCUCUGAUCGAACACACAAUAGUAUAAGUUGAAAAAAAAAAAAAACUAGACUUAUUAUCAUCUUUUACACAGUUCACCGAUCUUCUACGGUGAUGUCUGUCUCCUGAUUGUA